AUGGUUGAUGGGUCAUUCCUAGGGGAUUAUGCAAGGAUAUAUGACUAUGCACAUAAUUUAUUAAGAUCUAACCCAAGGUCAAUUGUAAAAGUGCAUGUCCAACCUGCACAAGAAGGCAAUGAUGUUAAAAAGUUAUAUUUCCAAAGGUUAUACAUAUGCUUGACAAAUUAUAAGGAAAACUUCAAGUUAAGCACACAUUUCAUUAGACUUGAUGGAUGUUUUUUGAAAGGCCUCUGCGGAGGUCAAAUCCUUGCAGCCAUGGGAAGAGAUCCUAAUGAUCAAAUGUUACCAAUAGCAUAUGCAGUGGUGGAGUGUGAAAACAAUGAUAACUGGACAUGGUUCUUAGAGCUGCUUAUUGAUGAUCUUGGUGGAAGAGAAUAUUGUCUCACAUACACUUUUAUUUCUGAUCAACAAAAGGGUUUAUUGCCUGCAAUAGAAGAAUUGUUGUCCAGAGUUGAACAAAGAUUUUGUGCUGGGCAUCUCUACAAUAACUUUAGGAAGAGGUAUCCAGGAAAAAAAGCUAAAGGAAAUCAUAUGGAAAGCUGCCAAGUCAACUUACUACCAAACUUGGGAAAGAGAGAUGAAAGUAAUGAAAGAGUUCAAUGGAGAAGCAUACAAGCACACGAUGAGCACCCCUCCAAGGUUUUGGAGUAG